AUGUCGGCCCAAGAGGAAUUCAACCAGUUAAUGAAUAACAAUCGCGACAAAUUCACAUCCCACCCCGAAGAUCGCAACGACUUCCAUUUCUCCGACCAAGACCAAGACCACGAUCACGAUCACGACCAUCCUGACUCCGAAGACUCCCCUCCCCGCCGCCUCCGCCAACGUCACACCGUCGACUCCUCCGACGAGGACGAAGAUCUCGACGACAUGGUCUCCUCCACUACCAACUACCACAUCCCCAAGAAUACCUUCGAGGCCAACACCGGUCCUAAGGGUGUCAUUGCCGACGCCCAGGCCUUUGAGCGCGCGCGCAAGAAGUCCUUCCGUCGCACUUUGCUCAAUGCCGCCGGCUUCGAUCAGGAUGGACACGCCUUUGCGAAGCCCGAGCCUCAGCCUCCUGUCACCGAUGGCUCGUCGGGCAGCGAUGACGACGAAGAGCGCUUUAUGCGGAAAUGGCGGACUUCGCGCAUGCAGGCUUUGCAGAACCGCGCUGCCCGUCGCCCCUCUCCUCGUGGUCGCCACUAUGGCCAGGUUGAGAACGUCGACGCCGCUGGUUACCUCGAUGCCAUUGAGAAGGUGACCGCGGGUACUGUUGUUGUGGUUUGCAUCUAUGAUCCCCAGUCUGACGAGAGCGCUAUUGUCGAAGAAUGCCUCAACACCAUCGCCCGCAGACAAUCUACUACUCGAUUUAUCAAGCUCCACCAUGAAAUCGCUGAGAUGGAACAUAUCCAGGCUCCCGCUCUGCUGGCUUACCGUGCUGGCGAUGUCUUUGCUACCAUGACAGAUAUUAUCCGUAAUAUUCCCCGCGGCCGGCCUUGCAGUGCGGACAGUCUUGAAGAUCUGCUGAAGCUUAACCGCGUCUUCUAA